AUGAGUCUCCAGCAUCGGCAACAUCCCGAGCCGUCUCCGCGGCAAGUCGAGAUCGACCGCGUGCUGCGUCUCCGCCGCCUCUCCCAGGCCCGGUCCUGCUACCCGUGCCGCCAGCGCAAGGUCAAGUGCGAUCAUGAGCAUCCCUGCCAGACGUGCCAGAAACGAGGGCAUCCCGAGAUCUGCUCGUACGAUGUCGGCGUGAGUCUUGAGCAGAGGCGCGGGAGGCGGGUCAAGGGAGCUGCUGCGGGCGCGGCGCCUUCGAGGGCUGGCCGGGGGAGAGAGACGGUAGGAGGGGAUUCGGAGGAUGAGCCGAGGGCUGAAUCUUCGCUUCAGCCUCGACCUCCUCGACGACGCAUUCGUGGUGCUGGGGCUGGUGCUAAUGGUCCCCUCGAGUCCGGACCAUCCGUCACUCCCACUCACAACACCGCGGACUCUCCGUCUUUCCUCGAUACUCCACAGACGUCACACUCUACUCUCUUUCGACAGCAAGACACAGAGGCCGCAGACUGGCCUCCUGCCCGAAAGGAGCUCUACCAGGGCGGCAGCUCCGUGCUCACCAUGCUGCACGGCUCGGCCGACUCCCCAGCCGUGGAGAUGAGGCGCAAGGCCGGCCCGGUUCUGGGGCUGCACAACACCUUGGAGUUUUACCCCUUUAUGAAGCUCAAGACGCUACAGGAGAGGUGGGCGGCGCUGUUGAAGAUUAUUCCUCAGAGGCAAGAAGUGCUGAGAUACUUUCCAUCCCAUGGCGCCACGAUAUAUCCCCUCAACCCCGUCUUGCUGGAUCCUGAUGACUUGGAAUCGGCCUUUUGCGACUAUCUGUCUGCCCUGGACGCUGGCGAGCUUCGUAACCCUGAUGUGGUGUCACCAAAAUGGGUCUCCAAAGUCUGGAUAUCACGGAUUGCUCUGUUACUGGCAUCCCUCGCCACAAGUGCCCAUUAUUCAGUGAUGCAAUCACCGAGGAAGCGUGCUGAGCAUUCUCUUGACUUUUUACAACGCGCAUUUGACGCUCUAUGUCUGGCCAACUACGUCCUGCACCCGUCCCUUGACGCGGUUCAGACUCUCCUCAUCAUUGGAACCGUUCUCCAAGACGUCGGACAGUCGGACGGCGCCUGGGUGAUGAUGGGCACCACAGUCCGGGUAGCGCAGGCAUUGGGAUUGCAUCUUCAGAGUGUGUCUGAGCAGUCGGAGGACGGGGCCAAGAGGAAGCGGAGCCUCUGGGACACCGUUUGCAGACAGGAUUGCUUGCUCAGUCUGUGUCAUGGUCGACCGCACAUUGCCUCGAGGCAGUCGCUUGCCACUAGGAAGAUUCUUUCCAACCCUGACCGUCCACUGAACUUUGCAGAGACGCUGUAUGGCAUGGUAUCUGUGUGCACCGGCAUCUUGGAACUCGAAAAGACAAGCUGUGAAUCGUCUAUGAAGCUGCUAGCCGAGCUAGACGGAUACCUGUCACGAGCUUUGCCCUAUCUACAGGGCCGAGAAAAGUGUGCAAACAUUCAACAGCGCUACGAGGCUCUCACUGUUCAGGUUCAGCUGUCUUGGGCAGCCUCGUUCUUAUGCCGGCCCGUCUUGACGACCUCUGCUGUCACGAGCAGUGAUCAAGCUGGAGUCGUCCAGCUACUCAAAGCUCGGGCCAAGGAAAGCUUGAUGGAUACAGCAAGGGCAUUCAUUGAAUUCCAAGCCCUCAGCAACAUCCCCAUUCGCACAUGGUCCAUGAUUCACGCAGUCCUGAGCGCCACCAUACUGCUCUGCCUGUGGGAGGAAACGCGAUGCGACCAAGAAAGCCGAGAUGUGCUGCAGCGGGUGAUUGAAAUCUUUUCACGGGCAGCACAGGCCGAUGACGAGACGGGUAUGAUGGUUGACGCAACCGGUACCAACCACUGGCUGUCUAUGAACCACACGCGAGCCCUCGUGGCUCUGCAAGCCGCCUUACAGAAGGCUCCCGCCUUUGAUGCCAGCCCACCAUCAUCUCCUGGGC